GCCCGUUCAGGAUCCCAUCGUUGCUUCUUUUGUCCUUCCACAGCGAUAUACGAUCGAUUGUUGUGAUCCGAUCAUGAUUAUCUCAACGUUCGCUUACCCGCUCCUUGGCAAUGCCAGCGGCAUCAUUAAGAUCACUCGCAUGCAGAGCACCAUCGCGCACACUAUCAAGGUGGCCGAUAAUAUCGUGAAAAUUCGUGCGAAAGCACUUCUUGGUGGUGGCGAAAAAACAAUUGAGAAUCAGCAUAAGCGAGGAAAGUUGACGGCUCAUGAGCGUAUUGAAUUACUCAUGGAUAAGGGCUCGUUUCGCGAAUAGAAUAUGCUUGCCGAACACACUUGUACCGAUUUCAACAUACAGAAACAGAAAAUAAGUACACUUUCCAUGACAAGGUGGAUCAGCAGC